AUGGGUAGCUUCCACAUUCGGCCCGUGCUCGUAUUCGCGUGGUGGUGGCUUGCGCUAGCGUUUGUUGUCAGGGUCGAUGGCAGGCGGAGUUUUCUGGUGCAACGAGAUGGUGGGCCUCCACCGCCGCUGCCGCUGACGGUACCGGUGGCGCUUACCGCAGGGGCGGUAUACUCGGUGCGAGUUAACAUGUCGUCCAAUGCCCCACAGGCGUUCCGCUUUGCGCUUACCACUUCCACCGCUUCGACGGUGGUGGCUGGCUCCGCUUGUCCCAACUGCGGCAGCGUUCCCUCAUACGACCCGACACGAUCGACAAGCGUUCAAGUACUGCAGGGCCAGCCUCCUCAGAACGUGUCCCUCCCGGGGCUCGCGGCGAGCGGGCCGAUUGUCCGUGAGGACUGUACGCUCGCACUAAACAACGGCUCCGCGUGGGCGUACCCCAACCAGACUGUUAUCGUCGCGAACUCUAUCGCGGGCGGCUUCCGCAACGGGACAUCCGGGCUCAUCGGACUCGGUCAAGCGCCUUUUGGGGGCUCGCCCGCAAGCGAAUGGCUGCGGAAAAACCCAUCGCAGCCUGCUUUCCAGGUCGGAUUCGCCCUCACCGCGCCACCGGUGAACGGAUCAACGGACACUGAUGGCGGGGAACUGCACGUGCUCGCGCCGAAGCCGGGCGCGUAUGCGGGCGAUGUGAUGUGGCUCCCGAUGCGCGCGCUCAACGCGGUUGACGGGGGCAAUGGGAGUGCGAAUGCCCCCACAAGCUGGGCGGUCACGAUGGACGCAUGGCGCGCGACAUCCGCUGGGCCGCGGGGGUUUAAUGUUUCGCAAACGAAUACGCCUCUCGCGACAUAUCUCGACCCGCUUUUCCCCACUAUUGUGUUUCCACAGGGCGCUGCGCGGUUGAUAUACUCCAACAUCCCCGGCGCUGUGCCCCUCGUCCCCAGCCCCUCCACCAACACGACCAAUGCAUGGAGCAUUCCGUGUACAACGCGGUUCACGCUUACAGUCACGUUUGGCGCGUUCACCACCAGCCUUGACCAGUCUGCACUAGUCGGCGCACCCCUCGAGGACGGUUUCUGUCUUGGCGUCUUGGAGGAGUGGGCGGACUCGCGCAUUGGACAGUUUCUACUGGGCUCGCCGUUUAUUGCUUCUAUAUACCUGAUCCUUUCCUAUGCCCAAUCCGGCGCGGGAUCCGUGGGGCUUGCACACCGGUCUGCCUCUAACUCAAACAAGCUGAGCGCAGGCGCGAUUGCCGGCGUCGCGCUUGGUAGUGUGGGGGUAUUGGCGCUACUCGUCAUUGCGGGAGUGCUGCUUUACAACGCCAUCCUCGCACGGCGUAGUAGCCCUUCCGCCGUGUAUCUUCGCGCGCAAAAGAAGGCCGCAAAGCGGGCUGCCAAGCAUGAGACGGUCACGCCCUUCCCACAUGCAGACUCGGACGGCGCUCAGUAUGCGCGAUACCCGGCCCACCUCGGCCCGGCCGGCUCGCCCAGCCCGCGCGCCGCUCUGCUCCCCCCAGGCUCGCCCGACUGGCAAAUCGUCAGUGCGGUAUCAUCGCCCGACACCAACACGUUUGCUGGAGGCACGCGCUUCACGUAUCAGACCCUCGGCCCGAAUUCCGUGUCCCCAUCGCAUCUCAGCGUAGAGUCGCGUUAUAGCACGCUCGGCGCCGGCUCCGGCGGGCCGACGCAGCGCAUCAGCCACAUGUACCGUGGGAGCGACGACUCGGGCCGGCCCGUCGCGCACUCUGCCGAUUCGUCGCUGUCGCUGCUCAGCGGACAGCAUCCUCAAGAUUUCGACUCGCCCCCGCCGUACCUCGAUGCCAGCGCCAGCAGUAGCAGCGGUGGGCCUGCUGCCGGCCCUGUCCCCUUAGCGCCGCUACGCAAGGGCCGUCGUCUGUCAUGA